AUGCAUUUCCCCGUCCCCAGAAGGAUACAGUUUCGCAAUCUCAUACCUCAUCCCUCCUCCCUUUGGCAGGCUUACUCCUUGAGUAAUCCUUUCUCACAAUCGCCUGCAAAAGGUUGAACGAACUUGUCGGCAACAUGACCGGUCGAGCAGGCACCAAACGUGAUGCUAAUCAUUUGACGGCACCAUCGGCUGACCCGAAGAAACCCAAGGGCAAUGGAAGCAUCACUUCAUUUUUUGGUAUCCCCAAGGCCAAGUCUACUAAUCAAAUGUCAUCGACCACAUCGUCAUCUUCUAGCUUUAAUAAGCAGAAAUGGGUGGCUUCAUUAACCUCUGAGCAAAAGGAGCUCCUUCAACUUGAGAUUGACACCCUGGACGAGAGCUGGCUGGCACAGCUAAAGGACGAAGUGGUGAAACCGGAGUUCCUGGCACUGAAACGCUUCCUCCAGAAGGAAAAGCAAUCAGGAACUAAAGUAUUCCCUCCUGAAGACGAGAUCUACUCCUGGUCCCGUCAUACACCUCUCCACAAAGUAAAGGUAGUCAUAAUCGGCCAAGAUCCUUAUCAUAAUCAUAACCAGGCCCAUGGCCUUGCAUUCUCCGUCCGCCCUCCAACCCCCGCUCCGCCUUCCCUCGUCAAUAUCUUCACCGAAAUCAGUAAUGACUAUCCCUCCUUCCAAAGACCUGCAAACAAGGGCGGCCUUCUCAUCCCCUGGGCCGAGCGAGGUGUGUUAAUGCUUAACACCUGCUUGACUGUUCGCGCACAUCAGGCUGCUAGCCAUUCAAAUAAGGGGUGGGAGUUGUUUACCCAGAAAGCCAUAGAGUUGGUGGCCCGCGUACGGACACGCGGGGUUGUCUUCCUUGCGUGGGGCACGCCUGCUGGGAAGCGCGUGACAGGCAUCAAUAGAGCAAAGCAUUAUGUCCUGCAAUCUGUUCACCCAAGUCCAUUAAGUGCAUCAAGAGGAUUCUAUGGAAACCAGCACUUCAAAAAAUGCAACGAGUGGCUUGCUGAACGCUAUGGUGAUGACGAGAUCAUCGACUGGGCCUUGACUUCGAAGAGCAAACCCAGUGCUCCUCUUGCCACCAUCCAAAGCCCGGCUUCAACUGACAAUUCUAAAAAGUCCACCGCAAAAAAUUCAGACGCUGGCUUCGCUGAAGAAACAAUUGGCCAGGCAGCAAACCCCGCCAGGUCUACUGACACUGCUGACGAAUUUGAAGAUGACCUCGAUGCGCUGGAAGCCCUAGCAGCAACGGAGACGGCUAGGUAAUUGCUAAUGCUGAAUGCGCUCGCAACUUCUAUGCUUCGUUCACAUAAGCUGGCG